AUUGUCAAUUUGCUUCUGCUGCAGCGUGGUCGUGAACGUCUCCGGUGUUUUUAGAUUGAUAGCUUUAAAAAUUGUUUCAGUGAUACUAGAUUUCUUCUAGUUGCUCGGAUUUCAUUUAAGGUUUUCAUAUAACCUUUUUCUACGAAUUAAAACAUUUGAUAUGGCUACUAGACGUCUAAUUCCACUGUUGGACCGUGUGCUGAUUCAACGUGCAGAAGCCCUGACGAAAACCAAGGGUGGCAUUGUGCUACCUGAGAAGGCCCAAUCCAAAGUGUUGGAAGGUACGGUCAUCGCUGUCGGUCCAGGAAGCCGUAACAGCCAAACCGGACAGCACGUUCCGCUAGGAGUGACCGUUGGUGAAAAAGUUCUGCUGCCGGAAUACGGUGGCACCAAGGUUGAUCUGGGCGACAGCAAAGAGUAUCAUCUUUUCCGGGAGUCCGAUAUUCUGGCGAAGAUAGAUCAAUAGGAGCAACAGAGCCGUCAACCCAGGCCAAAUUCGAUCCGAAUUAGAAAUCCGGCGAGAAAGGGGGAAUUGGUUGAAAUUCGGCUCUAAUGGCUAAUAAUGUUGGCAAAUUAAGCAAAUCGAACAUCAACUAUCUGUUAGGAUUAAGGAAGUUACUACUGUAGAUGAAACGAAUACGCUGGUAAUAUUCGUUCCGUGUGAAAAUGACGAGUGUUAUGUUGUGAGUGCUGAAGCAUGCUUAGCUCGCAUUUCGCAUCACUUUGGCGACAUGUUUCAGAACAAUUGCAGCAGUGAGAGUGACCGAUCAUGUAGACCACCAAAGUUUGUCGAGCUAACUUUGCUGCUCUUAACAUGAUUGGGCACGGCCAGCAACACCUCACUUCCUUGCAGUGUCGAAAAACUUGCUAGGUUACUGAUAGGGAGGGAGGUUCGUGGCCUCGAAGAAAACGAGAGAAUAUUCAAACGAGUACAUGUACGUGUGUGGCUGCUACUACUGAUAAGAGUACGAUUCAUUUAGUUUAUUUACGGUUGAAUAAAAAUAUGAACAGACAUUAAAA